AUGGCCAACACUUCAAUUGGACUUGAUAAGUGGAGGGAUUAUUUCAGAGGUGCAAAUUCGGACAUAUUUAAUAUAAUCGAGCAUGCAAUAAUGGUAGCUGCUUCAGAUAGCCCUUAUGAAUUCAAAUUGAAAAGGGAUCGAAUAGCUGAGAUGCUCUUCACUUGUAAAAUCACCAAGUGUUUUGGCUGUGAUCGAGUUGAGUUGACUGUGCCCAAAAGUGAUUGUGCAGAAAAGAAUAUUGAUGAUGAUGAUGAUGAUGAUGAUGAUGAUAAGUGCAAAAGUGGUAUUGUUGAGGUAGGAGGAGGAAGUAAAGAUACACAAGAGAGAAAACUGAAUAGGAGAAGAGAUAAUAAUGAUGAUGAUGAUCACAAAGAGAUUGUGGAGAUGAAUUUGAAUAAUCACCGUGUUAGAGAUUCUAGCUAUGGAGAUGCUGAAGCUUUGACCGAUGAGCUUGAGGAGGCUGCUCGGUUUUGUGAGGAGGUUUUGAGGAUAAGAGGAAUUGUUGACAAUGGGGAGCAUGAGUCGGAUGAGGUGUUGUUUGCUUCGCUGAGAAGGCUUCAGUUGAUGCAUUUGUCUGUGGAGACUCUAAAGACGACAGAAAUCGGUAAAUCUGUUAAUGCCCUGCGUAAGCAUAGAUCAACAGAAAUUCGAGAUCUUGCUAGGACAUUAAUCAAUAAUUGGAAAAUCAUGGUCGACGAGUGGGUAAAUGCGACGACAGCAAUUGCAGGUGCCGAGGCCACAACAGAGUCUGUAAAAACAUCUGCCGUUGAAGAAGAUGAAGGUCUUCCUUCUCCUCCGCUCGACGAGGGAGCCUUCUUUGCUACACCAACUUCAAUGGAGUUGUCACAGUUCUUUGACGGCAUGGAUGACGAUGGCAAUCCUCAAAACUGUGGGGAAUUCAACAAGAACCGAGAAAAUGGCAGAAAGCGGAGACCCGAAAAAACGGGCCCCUUCCCUAAAAGGGAUUUCGAGAAAAAUCAAGAACCUAUGUUGAGAAAAUCAGCCCAUGCAUGUGGGCCCAAUCGACCGAAACCUCCAAACAAUGACAAUGGCAUCAUAAAACCUAAACCGGGCAUGCAAAUGAAGGUGAAAGACGAGAUUACAGCCCAGAAAAAAUCUGAUCAAGUCACAAUUCAGAAGAAACCAGUCCCUAAUCAACAAGAGGAGUUGCGGUGUAACAAUGAGGAUUUCGUUCGGACGAAAUUAGAGGCUGCUAAGAGGAAACUGCAGGAACGAUAUCAAGAAGCAGAAAACGCUAAGAAGCAAAGAACGAUACAAGUUGUCGAGCUAAAUGAUCUCCCAAAGCAAAGCUUUGCUCAAAGUAGGCCUGGUUUCCAGCAUAGACAACGGGCUAAUGGGCGACGGUAGAUUUUUGUUGAUACUUGAUAACUUAAAUCUAGUUUCCAUAGAUGAGACAGUUUGAGAAUUGGAGAGAUUUCAAGAGGAUGAUGUUCUUACAUUUUCUUUUCAUUUUUGCUUCCGUUUCUUACGGUAUAAAUUAUCGACUGUAACAAAUAGAUGCUAUAGAAGAGCGUGACCAUAGAUGUCGCUGCUUGCCUUCGAUAAUGUUGACAGAAUUGAGAGGGCAAGUUUUUUGUGCGAUGAGUAAGUACAUUUGAAUGUCUGUGGAUAAUGAAUUUUGCUAUUUGAAGCUUUUUUAACUUGAAUUUGGAGCUUCCUGAAGCUUCUAGAGUAAAAACUCAUGAUGAAUUUUAUAUAGC